UUUCGUUUCGUUUUGAAUACGGUUUUCGUUUCGUUUUCGCGUAUUUCUUCUGGUGCUGCACGUUUUCAAUGGCUGUUUGUUCCUUAUGAUGGAGACAUUUCUUGUCCUGGGCCUGUGUUUUAUCCUGUACGAAGCAUUGGAUUUCUUUCAAGGCUGCAUACACAGCAACACGCCCACACCGAGCGACCAAAUCGAGGCCUAUCGCCGCGAACUCGACGAACAGCGCCAGCAGCAGCAGCAGGAACAAUUCCUGGCCGGUUUGACGCCACUUUUGGGCGCACAAUUUGCGGCCGCCGCCGCCGCUGCCGCUGCCGCUGGCUCGCAAUCGACGUUGAGCACCACCACGCCAACCGCCUCCACAGCGAGCGUCAUCAGUGACUCCUAUGACCAGGAACAAUCCCAGUCGCAAUCACAAUCCCAAUCGCAAUCGCAAUCACAAUCACAGGCACAGCAAACACAUUCGUUGAGCACACCGGGAUUAUUUCGUCCGGCCGCUUUGGGCUAUUACGAUCCGGAGGAUCCGUUGCAUGCCACCUCAUCGCUGCCGCGCGACUUUUACUAUCUGCAGCAGCAGCAAUUGAAGAAUAAGGCCAGCGCCAAAUCGCUACUGUCCAAGUUCUCCACAACCAAUUCGGACAAUCGCAUCCAUCCGGAGUCGAGCACGACGCACGGUGUUUUGGGUGUGCACACUGCGGCGGUAAUUACCACACAGCCGCUACCACUUGCCGCUGGUGAAUCGGUGGCAAGUUUGGGCCUCUUCGAUUGCCAGCCACCGUUGCAGUCGGUGCUGCCGACAUCUCCCCUGCUCAUCGAGCUCAAGCGUGCCAUCAUCAGCACCAAUAGCCGUACCAAUCGUACUCUGGUGCGCCGUAGCCAGGCCUAUUCAACACAGAACGACUACGAGGAUCGCAGGGAGACUUAUAGCAAUAACGAUAACGAUAACGAUAACAACGGUUGUCCGCAGUGCGUCGAGGAGAACGAGGAGGAGGCAGAAGGGGAGGAGGAGGACGAGGAGAUCGACGACGACAAUUUAUCAAGCAAUUCCGGUAGUUCCGGUAGUGCUACAGGGUCCGGUAGUUCCGGCCCCAACUCACCAGCCGCCAUUGCCGGCGCUGCGAACAGUGAGCCGAACAUUUGCAUCGCAUCUCAAUUGCCGCGCAUCCAUCACAUUGCCAUUGACGAUAUCGGCAUCGGUGGGCAAUCGACGGUGAACGGAGAACCGAUUUGUAGUUUGGCAGCCAGUUCCAGUUCCAGUUCACACGCCGAUAUUCGGGAGAUCGAGUGCGAGCGUCUGAGACGCAAACAUUUUGAUCAAAGCCAAACUCCAGAAAGCAGCUGCACUCGCAGUCGCAUGGUGUGUCCCGAUUACUAUUAAACAAAUGUGUGCGACAACCGACUCGUAAAGACAAACAAUAUAUCCAAGGAA